AUGACGGCAAAAUCGGCCAGGGAUGACCGGAAGCAAUAUUGGGCCGAAAUAGCGACAUCCAUGGAACAGGCCUCGAACGUUGGUGACACUCGAAAGCUCUACCGUCUGAUCCGCCAAUUUAGCGGUAAGCCCUCUACACUGAGUGACUCUGUUUGCGAUGUGAACGGCGGCUUUAUUGCUGACAACUCGGCCAAAGUCGAGCGCAGGCGUGAGCACUUUGAGCACCAUCUCAACUUCGAUACCCAACCUACAUCGCCCUUGCUCUCCACCUCAGCGGAGUUUUUCCCCCCUCCUACCUAUGCAGCGCCAUGCGAUCCCCCCUCCGAGGAAGAAGUCGCCAAUGCCAUACGAAAGUUGCGCAACAAUAAGGCACCCGGAGAGGACGGUAUACCCGCUGAAAUCUUCAAGUCUUGUGUCGACACCCUGGCGCCAUGGCUCCAUGAGGUGAUUGAACGAGCUUGGAGAGACGAGGUUGUUCCUGAUGACUGGGGCUUAGGCAUCCUUGUACCUAUCCUCAAGAAGGGAGAUAAGACGAGAUGCGAGAACUACCGCGGCAUAAGGCUCAUCGACGUUGCUGCGAAGAUCUUCGCUAUUGUCCUACUCAGGCGAUUCCAGGCUGUGCGUGACUCAAGGACGAGGCCCAACCAAGCCGGAUUUCGUGCUAGACGUGGAUGCGCAGAUCAGAUAUUCACACUGAGGCGCAUUCUCGAAUUUCGCCAUAGCUACCAACAACCGACGGCCGUCUGCUUCAUUGACUUUGCCGCCGCGUUCGAUUCCGUUCACCGUGAGUCCCUGGGGCGGAUAAUGGCGCUAGAUGAUGUACCGGCAAAAAUCAUCGCCAUGAUCAAGGCCUACUAUCGCUCCACUACUGCGAGAGUCCUGGUCCGUAACAAUCUUUCCCAACCGUUCGGUAUUCGGUUGUAUCCUGUCACCCAUACUGUUCAACUACGCUAUUGA